ACGUUUUUAUUAAAUCAUCGUUGUCAAAAAAUAACAGAAUAAAAAGAUAACCUGGGAAUCGCUGAACAUUUUUUGUUGUUGAAGUUGAAUAAAGUUUCUGAAAACCUUGGUAGGAAUUUAAUAAAUAUAAGUAUAAUUUUGCUACUAGCUUAAUGAGGUAAAUUUCAAUUCAACAUGAGGCCAUCACAAAUAAGUUUCAAAACAGUGACCCAUGCUCCAACACAGGAUGAUAUUAAAAGUGAAGCGAAAUUGGCUUCCAAGCCCUCAUUAAGUGGCAGUCGCCGCUUCAUCUCCAAGAGUUCCGUCGGCUCGGUGGACACGGCGCGGGGCAGCCAGUCCUCGCUCGCGCUACAGGGGAGGCCGCUCGGCAGCAGGUACGAGGCGGCGCGGCGCGUGCUGCUGGACGGGGAGGACGUGACGCCCGCGCCGCUGCACGCCGCCGCCUGGCCCGCGCUGCCCGCCGGCGCCACGCACGCCGCCUUCGCGCGCCCCCCCCGCCCCCGCCGCGCCACCGCGCCGCCGCCCGUCGACUCCACCACCACCGACGUCGGCAUGAAAGUGUACGACACCACCAUCGACCUUGACGACAUACAUAUCGAUCACACAAUCGACACCGAGCAGGGCGUCGCGCCGCCCGACGACGACCCCGAGCGCGCGCCCUCCGCCUACUACUUGCCCAAGCGAGGGGACAUGUCCACCUAUCCGUCGCACAUUUUCGUCACCCUCAAGGAAACUGACACCGUCUUUUUGAUAGACUUGCCGAGCUACUCCAGCGAGAAGGGGACCGAUGAGGCGAACGCUAUCGAGCAGGAAAAUGAAUUCUACAACUACAUCACGGUCGGGAAGGGCCGCAACCGUAAGAUGGUGUCGGCGGAGACGCAGACGAGGUCGUGCAUCACGCAGUCUCGUCACUCGCUGGCGCUGCGGCCGCUGAAGAAGAAUGCGGGCGCGUUCGCGUCGCUGUGGGACAUGCACGACACGUACGCGGCCCUGGAGCAGCUCGCGGCGCCCGCCGAGCCCGACGACAUGGUGCUGCGGCAGGAGGCGCCGGCCCACAUGCUGCGCCCCCGCGCCGCCGCGCCCGCCGCGCCGGAGCAUGCGCUGGCGGCCCUGGCGGACUGCCCGCGCUUCCGCGACGCCGCGCUCCUGGCCGAGCGCGUGCUCGCCUCGCUGCACUACGCCGAGGAGCAGAAGGUGUUCCGCGGCCUGCGCCCGAUCGACCCGCGCUCGCUCGACCUGGUCUACGAGUACAACAUGCGGCCGCUGUGGACCUUCGAGAGCGAGGAGACGGCGGGCCGCCCCGUGGCGGCGCUGGCCGUGAACCCGCGCGACCCGGACAUCGUGGCCGUGGGCUACGGGCGCUACGCCUACGCGGACGCGCACGACGGGCUGGUGUGCGUGUGGAGCACCAAGAGCCCGCGGCGGCCGGAGCGCGUGUACCGCUUCGAGCAGCCCGUGACGGCGCUGGCCUUCUCCCCCGCGCGGCCGCAGCGGCUGGCGGCCGGGCUGGGCGCCGGCGCCGUGCUGCUGCUGGACGUGCGCUCGCACACGCUGCGUGUGGAGGCGCGCAGCCGCCGCGACACCAACCCGUGCUUCGAGCCCGUGUGGGGCGUGCAGUUCGUGCGCGAGGCGGCGCCGGGCGAGGCCGUGGUGGCCGUGUGCCAGGACGGCCGCAUCAACCGCUUCGUGAGCACCAAGACGCACGACCUGAUCUGCACGCCCAUCAUGCGGCUGGCGGCGGUGGAGGGGCGCGCGGCGGGGCUGCGGGGGGAGGCGGGGUGCCGCGCGGACGUGCCGGCGGCGCGCGGGGCGGCGGCGCUGUGCCUGCUGUGGCACCCGGCGGCCGCGCACGUGUACUUCGUGGGCUCGCACGAGGGCUGCGUGCACCGCUGCUCCACGCUGUACGGCAACCAGCCGCUGGGCGUGUUCCGCGCGCACGCGGGCCCCGUGCUGGCGCUGCGCGCGAGCCCCUUCGACCCGCGCCUGCUGGCCACGGGCGGCGCGGACGGCUGCGUGCGGCUGUGGCUGGAGGGGCUGGCGCCGUGCGUGGCCACGCUGCGCGGGGACGGCGCGGUUCACGCCGUGUGCUUCAGCCCGCUGCAGUCCACGCUGCUGGUGGCGGCGCACGGCGCGCGGCUGCUGGUGUGGGACCUGCGGCGCCGCACGCACGCGCCGGUGGCGGGGCACGCGGGGGGGGCGGUGGUGACGGCGGCGGAGGCGGCGGGCGGCGCGCUGCUGGCGGCGGACGCGGCGGGGCGGGUGCGCGCGCUGCAGCUCCGCGACACGCCGCUGCCCGCGUACCGCCAGCGCCGGCUGCUGGACCUGGCGCUGCGCAGCGCGCUCUGCACGCGCCCGCACCUGCUGCGCCAGCUCGACAAGCUACCCACCGUUAAAGACUAAUUAACAUCUAAGCCCCCAGGAAACGAGUGCAAGA